UUAUUCUGUGAAUAAAACAAAUAAAAAUGCAGGAUCCCAACGAAGAUACCGAGUGGAACGAUGUGCUCCGCGCCAAGGGAAUCAUUGGACCCAAGGCCAAGGAGGCCGAAAUCACAGAGGAUCAGAUCCAGAAGCUAAUGGACGAUGCCAUCCAGCGACGCACAGAUCUCCCGAUGAACGAGGGUCAGAGGGACAAGAAGAUUGACGACAUGUCGCUGGACGAACUUGACGAGCUGGAGGACUCGGAAGAUGAGGAAGUGCUGGAGCAAUACCGGCAACGUCGCAUCGCAGAAAUGCGGGCCACCGCCGAAAAGGCUCGAUUUGGAUCGGUUCGAGAGAUCUCUGGCCAGGAGUACGUCAACGAGGUGACCAAGGCCGGCGAGGGUAUCUGGGUUGUGCUGCAUCUGUACGCCAAUGGAGUGCCCCUCUGCGCCCUAAUCCACCACCAUAUGCAGCAGCUUGCAGUUCGCUUCCCGCAGACCAAGUUCCUGCGAUCCGUCGCCACCACCUGCAUACCGAACUUCCCCGAGAAGAACCUGCCCACUAUUUUCAUCUACCACGAAGGGGCGUUGCGUAAACAGUACAUCGGGCCCCUGGAGCUGCGCGGCGAGAAGCUGACCGUGGAGGAGCUGGAGUUCAUGCUGGGACAGGCGGGCGCUGUACCAACGGAAAUCACAGAGGACCCAAGGCCGCAAAUCAGGGAUAAAAUGUUGGCCGAUUUGGAGGACAAGAGCGCGGACUUCUACUAAUGAUGAUUCAUCCCAUCCCCAUCAAUAUCCGGUUUCCUCUUAAGAGUGGGUCAAUAUACCAAGAAUGAGUCAUUAAUGAAUGCCAACCUAUGUAUGUCUUAUUAUAUAGUUAGUUACAAAAUUCCUGGGAACCGACUCUAAAUUGUUUCCAAAUAUUGACCCAAUCCAACCUCAGGGGCUCCUCUUCAUUUCAUUGUUUUGUGGCAUUUAGUUUUCGUUAUCUUCACUGAAAUAAAUGGUUUACUUUUCUACUGAAA